AUGGCGGCCAGACGUGCCGCUGUGCCCGGCUCCCCUGCUCUGCCCCCGGUUGCUAGGAGAGGAGCUGGCGGCCUUUCUGACCCGGACUGGUUUGUUUUUCCCCGGCAGGAGUGUGACAAGAUGUCUGGAGCCGGCAUGAUGAGGGACCCUCCCGCUGUAGCUGCCCAGGGGACCGCGGCUGGGGACGAAUCAUCUGACAGCGAGGGGGAACAUGAGGGGCCGCAGAAACUGAUCCGCAAAGUGUCCACUUCUGGACAGAUCCGCAGCAAGACAAGUAUCAAAGAGGGAUUAUUAUUGAAGCAAACCAGUUCAUUUCAGAGAUGGAAAAAACGCUAUUUUAAGCUGCGGGGCAGAACACUUUACUAUGCCAAGGAUUCAAAGUCUCUUAUUUUUGAUGAAGUUGAUCUGUCAGAUGCAAGUGUAGCUGAAUCAAGCACAAAAAAUGUGAAUAACAGCUUCACAAUAAUCACUCCAUUUAGAAGACUUAUACUGUGUGCUGAAAACAGGAAAGAGAUGGAAGAUUGGAUCAGCUCUUUAAAAUCUGUGCAAUCAAGAGAGCAUUAUGAGACCGCACAGUUUAAUGUGGAACAUUUCUCAGGGAUGCAUAACUGGUACGCCUGCUCCCAUGCCCGACCCACCUUCUGUAACGUGUGUAGAGAAAGCCUCUCGGGAGUCACCUCUCAUGGCCUGUCUUGUGAAGUUUGUAAGUUUAAAGCCCAUAAAAGAUGUGCGGUCAGAGCUACAAACAACUGCAAGUGGACAACGCUGGCUUCUAUUGGCAAAGAUAUCAUAGAGGAUGAGGAUGGUAUAGCGAUGCCGCACCAAUGGUUAGAGGGGAACUUGCCUGUUAGUGCCAAAUGUGCUGUCUGUGACAAAACGUGUGGCAGUGUUUUACGCCUGCAGGACUGGCGCUGCCUUUGGUGCAAAGCUAUGGUGCAUACGUCAUGUAAAGACCCGUACCCUCGAAAGUGUCCCCUUGGUUUGUGUAAAGUAUCUAUUAUACCUCCAACAGCACUCAACAGCAUAGACUCUGACGGUUUCUGGAAAGCAACCUGCCCCCCGUCUUGUGCCAGUCCACUACUAGUCUUUGUCAAUUCAAAAAGUGGGGACAAUCAAGGUGUAAAGUUUCUUCGGCGAUUCAAACAGCUACUCAAUCCUGCUCAGGUGUUUGACUUGAUAAAUGGAGGACCUCAUCUAGGUUUACGAUUAUUUCAGAAGUUUGACAAUUUCCGAAUUCUUGUUUGUGGUGGAGAUGGCAGUGUUGGCUGGGUUUUAUCUGAAAUAGACAAGCUCAGUUUACAUAAACAGUGUCAGCUGGGAGUGCUUCCAUUGGGUACUGGAAAUGACUUGGCCAGGGUUCUUGGCUGGGGUAAUUCAUGUGAUGACGAUGCUCAGUUGCCUCAGGUUCUGGAGAAGUUAGAAAGGGCAAGUACAAAGAUGCUGGACAGAUGGAGUAUUAUGUCGUAUGAGCUUAAAUUACCAUCUAAGCCUUCUAUUCUUCCUUUAACUCCAGAUGAGGAUUCUGAUGAAUGUCAAUUUCAGAUAUCAGCUUAUGAAGAUUCAGUGGCCACACAUUUAGCAAAAAUUCUAAACUCUGAUAAACAUUCAAUUGUUAUAUCUUCAGCUAAGGUUUUAUGUGAGACAGUCAAGGACUUUGUGGCAAAAGUUGGAAAAGCAUACGAAAAACCAGUGGAGAAUACAGAAGAUGCUGAAGCUAUGGCUCUAAAAUGCUCUACGUUAAAUGAGAAGUUGGACCUCCUACUUCAGACUCUUCAUGCAGAAGCCCAGGCUGCUCCCUUACUAGCACGUUGCACACCACCCAUUGUGGAGGAGGAAAUUGAAGAAGAAUUUUCUAGCGAGGAUUCCUCAACGGAAAGCAAGGAAAAUUUAUCAGACAGCAUAGCGAUGUCUUCCACCCCAAAACUCUUCAAACCAAGAGAGCAACUCAUGCUGCGAGCAAACAGCUUGAAGAAAGCGGUUAGGCAGAUCAUUGAGCAAGCGGAAAAAGUUGUGGAUGAGCAGAACGCUCAUACGGAAGAGCAAGAAAAUCCGUCCUGUGAAGAAUACAGAAAGGAGAUGGAAGAAUCCAAAGAAGAGGAGAAGGAUGAAGACACUAAAGAAUCUGAAUUGUCAGGCAAGACUGCACCACGAUCACCAGAUAGACGUACAAGCCGCAGCGGAUAUUCACACAACGACUCAUUCUCCAGUCCCCCAACAGCUUCCAGCAAGGAAAAUCUCCCGGUGCUGAAUACUAGAAUAAUCUGCCCAGGUUUAAGGGCUGGGCUGGCUGCCUCUAUUGCUGGGAGUUCCAUAAUUAGCAAAAUGUUGCUAGCAAAUAUUGAUCCAUUUGGUGCUACUCCAUUUAUUGAUCCAGAUCCAGAUUCCUUAGAAGGUUAUUCUGAGAAAUGUGUGAUGAACAACUACUUUGGAAUUGGUCUAGAUGCAAAGAUAUCGUUAGAAUUUAAUAAUAAACGAGAAGAACACCCUGAAAAAUGCAGAAGUCGAACUAAAAACAGGAUGUGGUAUGGUGUGCUUGGCACCAAAGAGCUGCUGCAGAGGACCUAUAAAAACUUAGAGCAAAAGGUUCAGCUUGAGUGUGAUGGACAGUACAUUCCCCUUCCCAGCCUCCAGGGUAUUGCUGUUUUAAAUAUUCCAAGUUAUGCUGGAGGCACCAAUUUCUGGGGUGGAACAAAAGAGGAUGAUAUCUUUGGGGCUCCGUCGUUUGAUGAUAAAAUAUUGGAGGUUGUGGCGGUGUUUGGCAGCAUGCAGAUGGCCGUUUCUAGAGUGAUCAAGCUGCAGCAUCACAGGAUAGCUCAGUGUCGGUCAGUGAAAAUUACCAUUCUCGGAGAAGAAGGGGUUCCAGUACAAGUAGACGGUGAGGCCUGGAUCCAGCCUCCAAGUGUCAUUAAAAUUGUUCACAAAAAUAGAGCUCAGAUGUUAACAAGAGACAGGGCUUUUGAAAACACGUUGAAAUCCUGGGAAGAACAGAAGUAUGAUUCCUGCAAGCCUGUCCUCGUCCUCAUCUGUACCCACAACAUGCUGCUUGACUUGGCUUCUGAGGAAGAGGUUGCUCUAAUACAUCGCUGCUCACAAGCUGCAGAUGAGCUUAUUACAAGGAUUUGUGAAGCUGCUAAAAUACAUAAUUUGCUGGAGCAAGAACUGGCUCACGCAGUGAAUGCCUGCUCACAUGCACUAAACAAAGCUAAUCCUCGAUUCCAGAGAUCAAAUGUGCUUUCAUGUAAUGCAUGUUUGUUAUUACUACAGCAGUUGGAACCUCAUCAUGAAGAACUGUUAUCAAAUGCACUACAUGAUGUUGAAGUUGAGCUGACCAAACUGGCGGAGAUUCCAUGGCUUUAUUAUGUCUUACAGCCAGAUGAGGAUGAGGAUCCUCCUCUGGAAUAUACAAAAAGAAACAGUAGAAGCACAGUAUUCCGUAUAGUGCCAAAGUUUAAAAAGGAAAAGGUCCAAAAGCAUAAAACAAGCCCUCAACCUGUUCAAAAAUGGGGCACAGAUGAAGUUGCAGCUUGGCUGGAUCUACUCAGUUUGGGCGAGUACAAAGAAACCUUCAUUCGUCAUGACAUCCGAGGCUCAGAGUUAUUACACCUGGAAAGGCGGGAUCUCAAGGAUCUGGGGAUAAUGAAAGUGGGUCAUAUGAAACGAAUCCUACAGGGAAUUAAGGAACUUGGCAAGAAUACAGCUUUAUCGGAGGUGUGAAGGCUCUGGUGAAAUUUCUGCAGAGUGCAAAGUGUUGCCGGUUUUCUGAAAGCUGUUUGGGGCGUGCAAAUGUCCUUGUGGUUUACGCAAUGUAUAAGUAAGCACUGGUAUGCAGCGGUGAGAGGAGGAGUCUCAAGAAUUGUCAGCUUUGCUUGAGAACUUGCAGAAUUGUGCCAAAAAAGUUCAUCCCACAAAGCCAUUUUAAGAAGUUCAAAUUUGCACAAAUUUAAUACAUUGGUUUGUAUUUUACUGUUAAAACAAAACAAAAAUAAUACAGUGCAUAUUGACCUCUGGUUGAGAUGGCCCAGUAGCAAGAAUUUCUUAAAAAUACCAUAUCUUUUAGUGGCAAAAAAAGUUUGCUUUAUGAGGCCCAUGCUUCCUAUCAAUAUGGAAGGCCAAAAUACAGGUAGUAUUAAGGCCUCCUUUAGUGGUUUUGACUUUGCCUCAGGUACCAUUUAAUGGCCAAGGAGUAUGACUGAGAAUACUUUUAAUACAAUCUAUUAUGCAUGGAGUGCCUGCCUAGGUUGUAUUGCAGUUGCAUGACGUACCUGAUACUAAAAAUACAAAAAAAAAAAAAAAAAAAAAGACUUGAACAAUUUUUAUAUAGAUUUUAUUAAGGUUUAAUUUAUUACUACUGAAGUGUUUCUUUGAUGGUUAAAGGCACUUUUCUCUUACAUGUUGCCUAUUUUUGUUUUCGCAUGAAUUUGUUCUGUGGCAAGAGAUUUGUAGAUGUGAACACGUACUUUAUGUGCCAUAUAUAAUAAGAAAAUGAUGUGCAUUAUGUAUGUAAAGCAUAUUUAUUGUAGCUAGUCAAUAUCUUUUAAUAUUUAAUAUACAAAGAGAAAGCGCUUCUUAAAAAAAAAAAAAUUGCGAAGAUGGUUACCUCACAAAAUAACCUUUAUUUCUGUAGAAAACCUAUGGGAAGUUUUUAUUUCCCAAUGCCUUACAAAUAUUUUGUGAUUAUAGCUUGGACAUACAUUUGCUUUAAAUUUAGCAAAAAAAAUAAAUAAAUGGAAAUUAGGGAUCAUUUAGGGGAACAGUCACAGUAAAUGAACAUGUGUUUUCAGAGACAUGGUAAAAAUAGGUUCAUUUCUGAAGGUCCUAAUGGAAACCAGCCAAAAAGGCUUCUAGUAAAACUUAUUACUGUCUUCAAACAUAUGUUGUGUGGGCCCGUGCACCAGUAUGCAACACAAUGCCUGCUCUGAUUGCUGGCAGCGGGGUGUAUUGCAUCAGUGACAACUUAAUUUGUGUCAUAAAAGCCACUACUAAGCCUCUGAAAAGGUGCAGUGUUUGAAUGCUGGUGACCGGGUCCAUACAGCAUAUGUGCAUAUCCUGCAGAAAAACCGUAAUAACUUUUACUAGAAGCAUUUUUGCUAAUGGAAGUAUAUUGAAAAAAUGCUUCUAUUUAAAAUUGAAAAGCACACAUGUGCAUUUAAACUUUGACCUUUCUAUACCUUUAGUGACAAGGUCAUGUGGUUAGCUAACCUUUUAACAGUCCCAUUUCUGGGGGGAGGUUCUGUAUAUUUUACUCUCAUAACAUAACAUUUGGGUUUUAUUUAAAUAUAUGAAGAUACAAAAGAUUUUAAAUAACACUUAGCACUGUACCCUCCUACUUCCCCCAACAAUGGUAAGUCCCAAAGUAGACUGAUGUCGGAAGUAGGUGCAUGAAAGGAAGAGGUAUUUUGGAAUAACACAAUUGUGGGUUCUAGGUGCAUUAUGGGGAUUCAACCAGCGGUUUAAUCCAUUAGUAAGUUGAAACUAUUUGGUUGGUUCUGGUUUUGGCAUGUGUGCUCCAGUCAGUAACCAAAUGAAAUAAGUAAAAAAAAGGCAUUUUCCUUAACCAAUAUGGUUUCCAAGUGUACACAUGCAUAUAAAGUACAUGUGACUUGGCAACCUUUGCUUAUUAAGGAAGUAAGUUCCAAUGUCUCACUUAUUUUAAAGCAUUAUGAUGCAGUGCAUUUAGGCUUGUAACAACCAAAUGGUUUAACUCCUAAAUUUGGAGAGUGCAAUAUUUUCUAAAACAGUUUUCUGACAUGUCCUCUCUAAGCUUUGAGGACUUGACUAAAAGUAUCAGGUGUCUUCUCAUUCUGUUUCAUAGGAGGUCAGUGGGCCUUUAUAAAUAAGCUCAAAUGAACCCCUUCCUCUCACAGUCACUCAUAAAAAAACAAAGUGGAAUAUACUAAGAAUGUAUUUGACAGCAUGACAAAGCACUGAAUAGAACAUUAUUUAGUUUCCAUUUGCUAAGGUUGCUAGUUUUCUGUUCCUAUUUAGAAAAAAUAAAUAGCUUCUAUUUUUAUAGAUGCAGACACCAGUAAAUACUCUUCUAUAGUUACACGGAUUGAUAACCAUUUUGAUAAUGUCCUUUAAAAACCUGUACCCAUACUAUAUAGGCCUCUUUACACAUCUUAUCAAUUUACGACUGCGCAGUGACUGUUUUUACGAAAAUGAUCCUUCUUUUCUGGCAAAGCAGGAAACCAAGUGAUGUGCAAUAUUUAUAUGCUAAGAAGAAUUAUAUGCAUAUUGUGUUAAACUAUUUUUGUGGGGUAACUUAUCACACAGCCUAUAAUAUUGGGAUAACCAGUGCACUACCUUAAUACUGUAUCUGUUUAGAAGCUGAAUACUCACUAUUGUAAUGCAGUUGAUCUGCAGAUUUGUAUAUCAAGUUUCCACACUAUUAUAGUCUUAUAUAAAACAAUAUCUAAUACGUAUAAGUAAUAGGGAACUUUUGUUUACCUGAAUUUGUUACAUUUCAAUAUUUAGAAUUAUGAACCACCCUUCUGCUUCAGUUUUUUUAUAUUUUAUAUAACAUCUUUUAAAAUAUCUAACUUUCUUGUACGUUAGUUGCUGUUUGUUCUGGGCAACUUACAGAUAUAAAGUAAUGUAUGUUUUUUAACUAUAUUUGUGCUUACAAUCUAGGAUAUAGGCUGGGUUUUGCCAAUACUACUUAAAGGGGUGUUUGUGUAUUAAAUAAAAAAUAUAACCCUUUUGUUAUUCAGUUAAGUUUACCUUUCAACCUUUGGGUUAUCAGAGGGCCACACAAUAUUUGUAGCUCUUUGGUAGCUAAGGACUUAAAGGGACAUUAAACCCAACUUUUUUCUUUCAUAAUUCAGAUAGAGAAUACAUUUUAAAACAACAUUCCAAUGUACUUCUUUUAUUUAGUUUGCUUAAUUCUUUAGAUAUCCUUUGUUGAAGAAAUAGCAAUGCACAUGGGUAAGUUAAUCACACAAGGCAUCUAUGUGCAACCACCAAUCAGCAGCUACUGAGCCUAUCUAGAUAUGCUUUUAAGCACAGGAUAUCAAGAGAAUAAAGCAAAUUAGAUAAUAGAAGUAAAUUAGAAAGUUGUUUAAAAUUGCAUUCUCUUUCUAAAUCAUGAAAGAAAAAAUGUGGGUGUCAUAUCCCUUUAAGCUGCAUGGUACACAAACAACUUUUUUUCUGUGAAUACAUAAUGAUGAAACUUUAUAUAUAAAAGGGGAUUUCAUUUCUUUUACAUACAAUGUGUAUUACUAAUUUGCAUUGAGUUCUGUUUUAAAGGGUAUAUUGUACAUCGUUGAUGGUGAAAAGUACAAGAACCCAAAAUACCUCUGAAAUAAGGAAUAUAGCAAAGAAAUAUGGUGGUACAUUGAAGAAAAGUAUAGACAAAAUAGGGACCUUAUGUCCUUAAAGAUUUUUGUUUGUUCUUAGACAUUAAAGGAAAUCCUCAUUCACCAAUAGUAUUUUCUGAAUUAUAUUGUUUGUGCCCCAUCCUCCUCCUUUUUGCAGUCUGUCCCUUGCAGUGCUUUGUUACACACUAUAUGCAGUAUUAAUCACCAUAUCUGUGCUAAACAUAACUUCUAUAAGUGCUCAGGGUGUAUAAUCAUACUAUCAUGUAUAUAGAGAUGUUGUGUAGGCACCAGUCAUGUUAAUGAUAUAUUUAAUGAUACAUCCUAAAGCCUAGGGGCCAAGAUACAACCGUCAGUGCAUUUUAUAUAGCCUCCCACUUGCCCAAAUUGUUUGACUUUGAAACGUGGAAAUGACCAAAGUGACUUGUCCAUACAGCCUGCAGAUGAAUUUGGGAAUUAGCUUGCUCCACUUCCCUUCAAGUGAAUAAUGCUUUCCCUUCCUGUGAGGAUACAAUUUGUCUCUAGAGUCUGUGUGUGUAUAUUCAGGUGUGGGGCAUAAGCUUUACAUAUAUCACAAACUGCUCAUCAUUUUGUUUAUAUAGAAAAGGGAUUCUUCUUAUGCUGUGAGACUCCCUUGUCAUACUUUUGACUUUUGAAAUGUAUACCCCAGCACAAUAACAUAGAGGACUUAAGGCUAUAUACUCAGCAGUUAAGAUAAAAUUUGAAUGUUAAGUAAUUGGAGAAGUAUAAACAUGAUUUGAAAGUAUUUUUAAAACAAAAAUAUAGCUACUCGGUAUUAUAUCCUGUAUUUUAAUAGAUUUUAAGGGACAGUCAAGUCAGAAUUAAACUUUCAUGAUUCAGAUAGGGCAUGCAAUUUUAAACAACUUUCCAAUUUAUUUAUGUUAUCAAAUUUGCUUUGUUCUCUUGGUAUUCUUUGUUGAAAGUUAAACCUAGUAGGCUCAUAUGCUAAUUUUUUAGCCCUUGAAGUCCGCCUCUUACAUGACAGUUUUUCACAGACACUGACAGUUCACUUGUGUCGUAUAGAUAACAAUUUGUUCAUUCCCGUGGAGUUAUUUAUGAGUCAGCACUGAUUGGCUAAAAUGCAUGGCUGUCAAAAGAACUGAGAUAAGGGGGCAGUCUGCAGAGGCUUAGAUGCAAGGUGUAAUCACAGAGGUAAAAAAGUGUAUUAAUAUAACAGUAUUGAUUAUGCAAAACUGGGGUAUGGUUAAUAAAGGGAGUGUAUCUUUUUAAACAAUAAUAUUUUUGGAGUAGAUUGUCCCUUUAAAAUGGUCAAGAAGAUAUCCUCUACAGCCUCUUAGUUUCUAUGUCUUUUAUUGUAUUUUGUCUCUCAUUAGCAUAAGUGUAGUAUGGAGGGGUAACAAAUACACACCAUGGGUCCCAUUUCUUAACAAGCUGGCAGACAGCAUUCCCGUUCAGGGAACCUGUACCCCAGUAAUUGGGGCUUGUCGGGUAGGAUUCACUGCCCCCAGUUAUCAUUACACAGCGCAAGCCUUGCUCUCUCAUAACCAAUUACAUGAAAGGGCUUGUCAAUUAAUCCACAAUUACUCCUAACAUAGAUAUGCAGCUUGAUAAAUAUAGCCCCGUUAAUGAUUGGUUGAAUUACAUUCAAAAUACAAAAUAAAUCUAUUCUACUUCCCAAACUCUGUAUUUUUAUUUUCUGCUUUAUUUUUUAAUAUUAGCUGCAGUUUACUUGCGUGUAGCUAUAAAAUGAAAUUCCUACAUAGCUAAACAAUGUUCUCUAAAUGCCUCUAUGAAUUUUUCCCAUCACAUUCCCUUUGAAAAAUAUCUAAUAAUUUUCAACAGAAAAUCACCAUUAAAGUCUAUGGACAUUUUUGUAGAUAAAUCAUUUGAUACAUUUUUCUAAAACAUUGUAAUCAAACCCUAUAUUUGUUGCUUGAGAAUCAUUUAUUUGUCACAAAUUCAAUUUAAAGGGACAUUAAAGUCAAGAUUAAACUUUCAAUUAAAAAACACAAUGUACCUAUGUUCUCAAAUCUACUCCUUUUCCUGGUAAUCUUUGUAUGAAUCUUAACCCCUUUAAGUGAGAGCAUAUCUAGAGUUUGCAUGUGUCAUCAGCACAUUGUUACAAGCAUUGUUGCAAAUACAGCUGGCUGUAGUUCUUAUGACAAGUUUAUGUUCCUGAUCUAGAUAUGCCCUUAUAAAAAUGCCACAUUUCACUCUGUCUAAAUCAUGAAACAAUAAUAUGCCUUUAAAUAAACAUUUAAAGUGACAUCAUCAUAAUACACAUAAUUUUGUAUGUGUUUUUUGUAAUAUUGAUUGUACGGUCUCCCUCUUGGAACUCUCAAGCCCUUAAAAGGACACUAAACCCAAUAUUUUUUCUUUCAUGAUUCAGAUAGAGAAUGCAAUUUUAAGCUACUUUCUAAUUUACUCCUACUAUCAAUUUUUCUUCAUUUUCUUGGUAUCUUUGAAUGAAUGUAAGCAUAGGAGCCGGCCCAUUUUUGGUUCAGCACCUGGGUAGCGUUUGCUGAUUGGUGGCUGCAUUUAGCCACCAAUGAGAAAAUGCUACCCAGGUGCUGAACCAAAGAUGGUCCGGCUUGUAAGCUUGCAUUCCUGCUUUUUCAAAUAAAGAUAUCAAGAGAACAAAGGAAAAUUGAUAAUAGGAUUAAAUUAGAAAGUUAAUUAGAAUUGUCUGCUUUAUAUGAAUCACAAAAUAAAACAUUUGGGCUCAGUAUCCAUUUUAACUGCCAAUGUGGGUGAAUAUUUGUACUAUUUCAAGUAAAGCAAUAAAAUGCUAACCUUUUAUAUUUUGUUAAUUGUAAAAACAAAAGUAAAUACUCUACAUACUUCAUAUAACCAGUUGAGUGGAAUAAAAUAGUUUUCAUCUGUGAUAUAUUUCUGUAGGCAUACUUCUGCUGUUAAAUAAUGUAAACUGUUUAGAUAAUGUUGGUACAUGUUAAGUUAAUGGCCAAGUACUGUCAGCAACAAUCUUCUUAAUCAUUUCCCAUUUAAUUAUUUAAAUAAUGCAAUACUAUACAUUUUAUCUUUUUUAUAUUUUUUUUUGGUAACUUUUUCAGGAAAUAUCAAGUUUAUUUGGUGAUCUCUUUUGUAGAACUGUAUGAUGCUAGGGAAAUUAGUUGUAUUUCUCAGUUGUUGACUAGUUAAAGUAAAGUCUAUUGGUCAUUGGCUCUAAUGUCUUAUUGUAUCAAUAUCAGUAAUAUAACUUUUCUCACAAAUGACGACAUCUAACUUGGUGACCAUUGGUUAUAGGUUAUUAGGUAGUAGUGGCUAUUUCUAGGUGAUUAAACAAUAGUAGCCACUGCUGCUUUUAGUUUGCAGUGUCAAGGGAAGCCUAAAUAUUUUAUGUUUGUCAAGAACACCUCAACAAAUUAACUCGUAUAGCAGUCAGAUGACUGAUUAAUUAAGAUGGCAUUUUUCUUGUUUUAAUGCCAUUCAAGUUCAUUUAAUUUUCAGACUUGCAUCAUAUAGGUUCUAUGUUAAGUGUAACUCAAGAAAUAGUGUGUGUAUAUAUUUAUAUAUAUAUUCUAGUAAAAACUGGUGUAAAUUGUUAAAUUCUAUAUAUUUCGUUAUUGUGUCUGAGAGUUUUGUUAAAUGCAUUGUUCUCAAGCGGUUGAUGCUAAGGAUUGAGCAGUAAUUCUGUUUUGAUAUUUGGACCCUUGGGUCUGUUCUGUUUUGUUGCAUUUAAUUAUUUAAUAUUUUUUUAACAAGUGUUUUUUAUGUUAUUUCCCUUCGUUUAAUUAAGAGCGUUUGUACCAUUUUUUAAGCACUCUUUUAAAUUCUCAGUGCAAUCUUGUAAGGAGCCAUUGCUUUAGUGAACAGGUUAUAGAGUUGAAUCUAUCUGCAAAUAAAUCACAGGAUUGUUAUGUGAUUUUUUUUUUUUCCAUUUUUAACACAACUAGAUCUCAAAUUGUGGCCAUAAGGUGGACACAAAUAUAUAUAAUAUACAUUUUUGCUCAGACAUUUUAUAUUUUCUAUAAUACUACAAUUAAGUUCUAAUUCAGCAAAUAAGAAAACUUGGUGAGCAAUACAUGUGGCCACACAUUUCUUUUGGCCGUCGCACAAAUGAUUCUUUCUUUCUCUCUUUCUUUUUUUCUUUCUCUCUUUUCUCUUUCUCUCUCUUUCUCUCUAUCUCUUUCUCAAUGCAAGUUCCAAGUGAGCUUGAUGAAUGACCGCACUAGGCUUUUUUCCAGUAUAAUAUAUGGAUUAGAUUCCAAACCAAGAGUCAAACUGUUACUGAAUUGGCCGGCCCCUUCUGCUGCAGAUCAGAUACCUGAUUUAAACCAUUUUAAGCAUUUUGGAACUCUAGGUUGCAGAAUUUACUGCUUUAUCUCUCUAGGGAGUGUGGAAAAAGCACAAUGUUUUACACAAAAUGAGAGGCUUUUAAAGGGACACUCAAGUCAAAAUUAAACUUUCUUGAUUCAACUUUCCAAUUUACUUCCAUUAACAAAAUGUGCACAGUCUUUUUAUAUUUACACUUUUUGAGUGACCAUUUCCUACUGAGCAUGUGCAAGAAUUCACAGAAUAUAUGUAUAUGCAUUUGUGAUUGGCUGGCUGAUGGCUGUCACAAAUGAAGUGGGAGUGGAAAUAGACAUAACUUAGAUUUGGUUCUGACAAAUUUAAACUACUCAUUUGAAGUUGAGACAUUGGGAAAUAUUUAUGAAGCAGCUGAUGAUUCUUAUGCCAGAAAUGUAAGUUAAGAAACAGCGGUCUUAAGAUCGCUGUUUCUUAACUCGUCCGCCACCUCUGAGGAUUCAGACAGCAAUCAUCUUGAACAGGAUGAUUGUCACCCCCUGCUAGCGGCCGAUUGGCCGUGAAUGUGCAGUGGGUGGCAUUGCACAAGCAUUUCACUAGAAAUGCUUGUGCAAUGUUAAAUGCCGACAGCGUAUGGUGUCAGCAAUUAGCGAUGUCGGGCGGACAUGAUCCGCUUCAGAGGAUCAUGCUUGUCCGACAGUUGUUAAAUCUACCCUAAGUGCUAUUGCACUGUCUUCUAAUCAUGCAUUUGUUAAAUUAUGCAAACCUACUGUAUUUACUGGUCCUUUAAUGUUCAUUCAAUUAGUUAAUUUGUGUAAUAUGUAAAUUCCCUUAAUAUGAAGUAUAAAUAAUGUGUGACUUCACCUAUAUGGCAAACAACUCUUGUUCCAGAUUUACAAUAUAUUUCAAUUAUAAACUAGGAUGCAGUACUGCCUUUCAGUCAAAUGAACUAAAAAAAUAGAAAACAGCGUAGAAAAUAAUUGUUCUAUAAUUUAGAAAUAUGUUUCCUUUAAUUUACUUUGUUUCAGCUGUUUGUGGCCUUGCUGGCUAUACACAGGCCUCUGUAUGUAGUACUGCCAGUCUGGGUGUUCAUGAACAGAUAAUGUAGUAAUUGGUUGAAAGGUAGAAUACGAAAACAUUUUUUUCAGCCCAUUCUGUAGUAUUUUUAUUUAUAUGUAAAUACAUAAAUAUUCUUUGGAGUUUGUAUAUGCACAAAAUGUAAUGUUAAAGGGGAAUGUGAGUUUUUUUGUUAUUAAUCUGGCUCCCAAUUAAAAUAAGUAUGGACACGACUUUGUCAUUAGUUUUAUCAUCAAAUUUUGCAUUCACUUUAAUGCUUUCAAAUAUUGUAAUAUUUACAGAAAGAUAAACAUUUAUGUAACAAUCUUAUUCUGCUAAGGUUAGGAGCAGAAUAUGUAACUGCAUUCUAGCGAGGUAGGUAAAUUUGACUUGAUACAUAAAACCUAUGAGUAACCUGCACAAUCAAGCGAAAUAACUUAUUUAUGCAAACUAUUAAAUUAUUUUUCAUGGCUAUAUGACAGUUGAGUGUGCUGGCUACAGGUAAAUGUAUUCUGUUAUUUUUAUAUUACACUUAAGUAAUAAAUCUUAUCAAGCUUCUGUUGUACUAUAUUCAUUCUGCAAUUUGUGUUAUGGUUCUCUCUCUCUCAUUUGUUGUGCUUGGUCUUUAAAAAAAAUAACUUUCUGUUAUUGUAGCUAUUCUGUAUCACUGAAGGGUAAAUGCAAUGCAGGGGCACAACUGUAUCUUGCAAUACUGUAAACGGUAUGAUACUCUGGUGUAUAUGUAUUGAAAUAUCAUAAACGGUAGAAUGUAUGAUUUUAAAUAGUUAUCAUUCGCCUAUUAUCAGAAAAUACUCUAGUUUGUGAAAGUGUUAAUGUAGUUUCUAUUCAUUUUUUUCUUCUGUCACUUAUUUCACCUAUAAAAACAAAAUUAAUUAAAAACUCUAUAUUGUGACACAGUUGCUAAUUUACUAAAUCUGCCAAUAAUGAGUAUAUGCCAGAGUCUGUCUGUUAGUUCCUGGGUAAAGACAUGUCUGCUUGCAGGGUAAACAUGCAGCCUGAGUUUUUACUAGGCAUGUGCAAACAUUUGUAUUCACCAUUCAUUAUAGAAACGAAUGCCGAAUAUGGACACAGGCAGCGGCAUUUGGCUAUUUUCAUUGCAGGAUUUAUUAGUCAUAUUUGGUAUUUGUGUCUGUAACAAAUGUUGAAUAUAGAUUUUUGAUCAUGUCCAGUUUUUUACCAAGCUACAGACAAAAACACAGUAUUAUUUGGUAUGUUGCACCGUUUUAUUCUUCCAAAUUUCCAAGCAAAAUCAUUUGAAUUAGGAAUAGGACACUAAGCUUGCCAUAAACUUUUGUUUAAUGACCCAAAGCAUUGUGGGAAAGUCUGCUAUAUCAGAUGCUGCAGUAGAUGAUCUAUGCUUACACACAACUACCAAACAAAUUCACCAUUGAUGUCUAUUUAAGAAGACCAAACGUUUCUUUGCUUUAUUUACUUUUAUAAAGGUAAAGGUAUGAAAAGUGGGUUUUGUUUGUUUACAUACUGUUUACAAUGGCACAGUUUUUAUUUUUAAUAUAUACAACUUUAAGGUAUUUAUUGCAUACUAUUUUAAAGAUGUUUCUGUGUUUUCACCUUUGGAAUAUAAUGUUACAAUUUAUCUGUACAGAUAUUGGGUGACUUUGUUAAUGUAGUUAGUAAUUUUUAUGACUACUAAGUGACCAGUUUUCUGUGCCUUUUAUUGUUGAAUGCAUCCUUACAUAUUUAUUAUUGUAUGGAAGUCACUGAGAUGUGUAUUUUUGUAUUUUGCUGAAAGCAAUUGUGUUUUUCUUUUGUUGUAAACAAUUGAGAUGCCUUUUUUUGUUAGGCACUCAGUUGAAAUCUUCCUUCUUAAAUAAACAAAAUGCAUUCACUGUACAUAA